AUGUUGACCAGUAUCGCCUCCUCGUCGCGCCCUGCGUGCUCCAUACACGUCCGCGCCGCCGGCAUCCGCUCCCUAGCCCGGUCGAGCGCCGUCUUAUUACGCUCACAGGACCAAACGCGUGGCAUCCGCCAUGGGUCCCGCGGCCCGUACUUGGACCCCGAGUCUGCCCAGGAGACCACGAGUCAACGCAACAGGCUCAAGCAGCUGGAGGCCAAGAACAGGAAGCUGACUUGGGACAAACAUCCGGAUGCCUUGCCCGUCUGCAAGAUCGAGAAGCGCAUGGCCAGCCACUACCAGCGCGCCCAGAAGCCCGAUGCCCUGAGCUCGAGUGCCGGCGAGACUGCUGGGUGGACUGGUGACAACAUUGAGGCCGUGGAGCGAGGCGCGCUGGAAAACCUCCUGUUCGGCCAAAAGGACAGCAAAGCCUCCGCAGCCAGCCAGCCCAAGGCAGCCUCUGCCACCCAGAAGGCUUCGGUCAAGACGAUGCCACAGAGCGUACCGCAGUCCACCUUGGAUCCCGAGUGCAUCAUCGAUCCCAUCACGAACCGCAAGGUUCUCAAGUCGGCGACCAAGGCCUCGCCGCCAGAACACAGCCCAGUUUUCGACACGGACAUGCCUGCGACCUCUGAGGAAUUGAGGCAAUACAGUCAGGUCAAGAUUGAUGACGACGGAAAGAGACGCGUCAUCCACCAAUCCAGCCAUAGUGGCGUGUUCUGGCACUGGGACAGCGGCGUCAAGGUGGCUGGCGUCGAGGCAUUCGCCGAGAUCGUCAAGACCCAUGCGGUGAAGCGCAGCGUCAACGGCCUCUCAGCUACACUGGCCAAAGAAUCCGGGGAGAAGGAGUACACCGACCUGAACAAGUACAAGCCCAUCCUUGAGCCUGAAGCGCCUGCCCAGCAGGAUGAGGCACCUCAAUACGAGGAUCUAGACAAGUACAACCCAGUCAUGGACAAGAGGACGCCUGUGGCCCAGGAUCCCUCGGCUCAGUACAAAGACCUUGACCAGUACAAUCCCGUCAUGGAGAAGCGCACGCCUGUUCCCGAGGAUCCCUCGGCUGCGUACGAAGACCUCGACAAGUACACGCCCGUCGCGCACAACGAGCCCGACGGCAAGCUCGAGUCGCCCUUCGAGAAGGAGACAUACACGGACCUUCCUCAGUACAGUGCCGUCAUGUACAAUGAGCAUGACGGAAAGCCACUGGACUACGUGGAGUCGUCAUACGACCCUACCGAGCUGGCCCAGUACGGUGCUUUCAUGUACAAUGAGCCAGAUGGCAAGCCACCACCAGCACAGAAGCCCGCCGAGUAUACGGAUCUGAACUUGUAUGGGAAGGCUGUCAGGUAUCAGGAGCCCGACGGCAAGCCGGCUUCAGCGGCCAACGAGAGCCAGACGUACGAUGACCUGAACGAGUACGGCCCUGUCUGGCAUCUUGAGCCUGGCGGAAAGUCACUCGAGGCUCUAGCUGCCGAAGCCGCAGCCUCCCCCAAGCGCUACACCGACCUCGGCAAUUAUGAAGCCGGCGUGCGGUACCAAGAGCCAGACGGCAAGGCGCCUCAGCCGGCCGACGCGGUCGUUGCGUCCCUGGGCAAGCUCGACGCGAUCCAGGAGCAGAAGGGCCUGCCCGUCUAUCCCGAGCCCACGGACGAGCAACGCCACGCGGCGGAGCUCGAGCGCCUCCGCGCGAGCGAGGCGCGCGACGAGGCCGCCGUCCACGCCCUCGGUGUGAUCUCCGAGGCCCCCCGACAGGACCCCAGUGGGAACUCUGCUCAGCCGCAGCCGUCCGGCCUCGCCGCCGAAGUCCUGAACAGUAAAGCCCCCACGCCCUCCUCCGUCCCCCCGUCCCCGCGAGGCCCGUUUCGAUCCCGACUGACUGGUCCCCAAAGGAUACGCGCCGUCCUCGACCCCUUCUCCAGAACUCCGCAGGGCCUAGAGACGUCGUAUGCAGACGAGUGCGCUGGCGCGCCGACCUGGCCGACCUUUGUCAGGACGUACGGCGAGCCCGCCGCGUCCGCGCCCGUCACGCCCCCGGCCGCGCCGGUUCAGCAGCCAACAGUAUACAGGAUCUUGGCCUAUGAUCCGGCGACGCAGGCGGUAACCACUGCAGAACUCACCUCGACCGUGCCCGACAGCUCCGCCGCGCUGUCCCCUGGCGAGGCCCUCCUCAAGCUUUCCCGUCCUGCCCCGUUUUUUCCUUAUUUCUCACGGCUCCAGCAAGACGGGUUCGAGAUCGCAUCCGGCAGCGGCGACAUGCUCAUCUUUCGUAAAACCCAAUCGCCCAUCGCCGCCAACACCUCGGCCUCGCAGGAGACAGAGCCCCAAUCGGCGCUAGAUGCCCCAUCGGAUGCCCUCCCAAGCGUCAACCCCAUCGACAUGACGGGGUCACAGCCGUUCAUCUGGGAGCCCGCUUCGGCCAAGUUUGCGUCACCGACGGGCUACGUCCGCUAUGAACCCGAGCCGGCCGUCGACUGCAGGCCGCCUCCUCCCCGCACCCAUCAGCAGCAGCAGCAACAGCAGAGUAAGCCCACUCCCAACAGCGAUGGUUCCUGGCCGUCAACGGCUCCUGGUGCGCGUCCGGCGGACGAGCCUGGCCAGCGCCGCCAGCCGGCCCGGCUGGCCAAGCGGGUGGUGGUGGGUGCGACGUGGAUCGCCGGGGUCUCGUACGGCCUCGGCGUCGUGGCCGACUAUUUCAAGUCCGGCGGCGCUGACGGCAAGGGGCCCACUCGGUUCUAA